AUGAAUCUUCAAGCUGUUUCUAGUAGCUUCGGUUGCGCUUCUUGCGUUUCACUUCCCUCUUACAGAACCUCAUCGAGACGCAGCUCUAUUAUCCGAGCGAAAUCGGAGCCCACGGAGAAAUCUGUUGACAUCAUGAGGAAAUUCUCCGAGCAAUACGCUCGUAGGUCAGGAACUUACUUCUGUGUUGAUAAAGGAGUUACCUCUGUUGUGAUUAAGGGCUUGGCUGAGCAUAAAGAUUCAUAUGGUGCACCACUUUGCCCUUGCAGACACUAUGAUGAUAAAGCUGCUGAGGUUGGACAAGGAUUUUGGAAUUGCCCUUGUGUUCCAAUGAGAGAAAGAAAGGAGUGCCAUUGUAUGCUUUUCUUAACUCCUGACAACGAUUUCGCUGGCAAAGAUCAGACUAUUACAUCAGAGGAAAUAAAGGAAACCACUGCUAAUAUGUGA